GAACGGCGAGCAGCGGCGGCGGCGCGGAGGCGCGCAGCGGAGGUUUUCCUGGUUUCGGACCCCAGCGGCCGGAUGGUGAAAUCCUCCCUGCAGCGGAUCCUCAACAGCCACUGCUUCGCCCGAGAGAAAGAGGGAAAUAAAUCCAGCGCCCCCGUCCGCGCCGGCCGCGCCAUGCCGCUCCUCAGCCUGCACAGCCGCGGCGGCCGCAGCAGCGAGAGAGUCCCCCUUGAGCGCUGUAGUAACCUGGGUCCAGGGCCUCGGUGGUGCUCCGAUGCCCCUCACCCACCCCCGAAGAUCCCAGGUGGGCGAGGGGACAGCCAGAGGGAUCACAGUCUUUCAGCCAAGUUGUUUUACUCAGAUAAUCGGCUGAAUGUCACAGAGGAACUAAUGUCUAAUGCCAAGACGAGGAUUCUCACCGUCCAGUCCAGGCUGGCAGACAGCAAGGACGUCACCUGGAGAGUCGUGCUGAGCGGCAGCUGCCUCUACAUCGAGAUCCCGGGGGGCGCUCUGCCUGAGGGGAGCAAGGACAGCUUUGCAGUUCUGCUCGAGUUUGCCGAGGAGCAGCUCCACGUCGACCACGUCUUCAUUUGCUUCCACAAGAACCGCGAUGACAGAGCUGCCCUGCUCCGCACCUUCAGCUUCUUGGGCUUUGAGAUUGUGAGACCUGGGCACCCCCUCGUCCCCAAGAGACCCGACGCUUGCUUCAUGGCCUACACGUUCGAGAGGGACUCCUCGGCCGAGGAGGAGUAGUGGCCGCCUGUCCCCCAAGCUUCGCUGCUGCCCGCGGGGAGCCCGGCGCUGGCCUCUGGUUACUGUUGCUCUGGGGGAGACAUGGGGCACCCCUGACUGCACGGGUGGGAGGCCGCUCGUCAGACUCACCCCCGGGUUUGUCCGCAUGAUGUAAUUGUGCAAAUAAACGCUCACUCCAAAUUAGCAGGAUAUUUCUUGAAGUUUAAUAUUGUGUUUGUGAUACUGAAGUAUUUGCUUUAAUUCUAAAUAAAAAUUUAUAUUUUACUUUUUUA